ACCUGAAACGCGAGUGAAUAUUUCCAUUGCUGCUAAAAUAUGAAGUCCAUUGCCUUGGUGUUACUCUGCCUGGCGGUUGCCAGCCAGGGACGUGUGCUGCAGCUGCCCAAGGAGGCCAUCGAUAUUCCCGUGACGAUCAUCGAGGAUAAGGAGCCGCCAUUGGCCUUGGCUUUGGUGCAAGAAGAAGCCAAACCGAUUGUGCCAGAGCCUGUCAAGCCGAUCGUUCAAGAGCAGGAGGCCAUACCCAUCAUUGAUGCGCCCAAACCGAUCAUUGAGGAGGCUCUGAAGACGAUCAUCGAAGAGGCACUGAAAGAGGACUCCAAGCCGAUCGUUGAAGAGGCGGCCAAGCCGAUCGCUGAAGAGCCCAAAGUGCAGGAGAAGCUGGAGGCGAUCAAGCCCAAAGAGGAGAUCAGAGCCUUGAACAAGGAAGAAGAGAUCAAGCCUGAAAUCAAAGAGGAAGUGAUCAAAGCGGAGGAGAUCAAGCCUGUCAGCAAGGAGGAGGAAAUCAAGCCUCUGAUCAAGGUAGAGGAGAUCAAACCUGAGCCCAAGGUAGAGGAAAUCAAACCUGAGCUCAAAGAAGAGCAGAUCAAACCUGUGAUCGAGGAGGAACAGAUCCAGCCACUGAUCAGUGACGUUGCAGCCAUCAAAGAGGAACCAAAACCGGAGGAAGAGCCAGCCCAAAUCAUUCUCAAGUCGCUGCCCGCUGAAGACACCGUGGUAGUGCCCGCCGAGGAAGUCGAUGCCAGUCCCGUGGUCGAAGAUCUGGCAGAGCUCGGGGAGCAUGCACAGCCGCAUCUGCGUCAGGCCACCCAGGCCACGCCCACGCAGCAGCAGAGCACCACCCAGGGCAACUUUGUGCAGCAACUCAUCCAGAAUUCGCCCAUCGGGCAGUUCCUGAAUCAGUUCCAGCCACAGCAGCCGGCCCAGCAGGCAGCAGUCCAGCCGCUGGCGGCCGAUGAGGCCGCCCAGCCCACGCCGGCACCGACCAUUCCCGGAUUCCUGAAUCCCGCACAGGCCAUCACCUCCGCCCAGCAGGCGGUGCAGAAUGCCGCCCAGUCGGUGGUCAACUCCACGACCCAGGCCUUCCAGGGCAUCCAGCAGUUUGCCAGCAAUCUGGGCAAUCAAUUCCAGAGCACACUCACGGGUCUGACCAACCCGGGCUCCACCACGCCACGUCCGCCCGGUCCCAUCCAGCAGUUUGUGAGCAACAUCUUCGGCGGUGGCAACAAUGCCACAGCUGCCGCUGCCGCUGCCGCUCCAGCCCCACCGCAGCAGAACCAGAAUCCGCUGCAGGGCAUCAUCAAUUUCCUGGGCGGCAAUCGGCCACAGAAUGCGCCCGCUGUGGCAGCCCCAGCGCCAGUCACUGAGGCACCGGCCAAGCCCGAGGUGGAUGACAAGAUCGAUCCGGCAAACGAUGAGGUGGCGGAGUUCUCCGAGGACCAAAACGAGAUACGCGCCAGCGGGGAGUCCGUUGACGAUUCGUUCGAGGAGGCCAUACCCACCAACGAGGUGAUUGUCGUCAAUGAUGAUGCCAGCGAUGGACGCGAGGUGCUGCUCGAUGCCAUCGUGCAGCCGCUGCCCUUGGCUGCUGUCGAUGCCGUGGCUCUCUAGAGGGAGAGCAAAGAGAGGCAGAGAGAGAGAGAGAGGAUCGAUCGGAUCCCACAACGACUGACGCCAUUUUCGUCGACAUUUUUCGAUUUAAAUUGAGAAUGAUGGAAAAUGUUUCUUUAGUUUUCUAAGUGCAUGCCACAACACAACAACAACAACA